AUGCCGUCAAUGCGAACCAACGCCGCGUUCCACGGCGUCGCGUCAUGGUCAGCAGCCGUCCCCCUCGUCGUGCCGCCUCGGCGACGCGCCCGCGCCGCCGUCCUCCUCGCUCGUGACGCGCGGCGAAUGUCAGCCGUGCUGCUACUCGCUGCGCUUCUCGCGCUUCAACCCGGAGCGCAACCGCGACUCGCUGACACUGACGCCGGCGGCGGCGGCGGGGGCGGAGGCAGGGUGCUUCUCGCAAGAGCUGCGGAUUCGGCGUGGAUUCACGAAGCCGAUGCCAAGUGGCUGGCAGAGAUAAUGGGCGCGUGGGGCAAGCAGUUUGCGGGGUGGCAGAAGAACGGGGUGUGUGCGACCGCGUGGGGUCUGACCUGCAAGGACGUGUCGGGGCGAGUUUCUUCCAUGUCUCUCCCAUCGCAGCAGCUGAGUGGAGGUAUCCCAUCCGCCAUAAGCCUCUUGACCUAUCUCACACGCCUGGACUUGAGCUCCAACCAGCUCUCCGGCCCCCUUCCUGACUUCCUUGGGGCGCUGCUCAACCUUCAAUACCUAGACUUAAGCAGCAACUCGUUUGACGGAACCAUUCCCAGCAGCUUCAGCAACCUUGUGAACCUGCGAUCGCUCUCUCUGCACCACAAUCAAUUAUCGGGCCCCAUUCCCCCUUUCAUCGACCAAGCCAAGCUCCUCUCCCUCCUGGACCUAAGCAGCAACGGCUUCACAGGGCCCAUUCCGCCUCAGAUCGCCACUCUCACCAACCUCACCACCUUAAGCUUGGGUGGCAACGAGGGAUUGGUUGGCAGCAUUCCAGAGGCAAUAGGCAACCUCACGUCUCUGGAGUCUCUCAAGCUGGGGUCAACUCAGCUCAAUGGCACCCUGCCUCUCAGCUUGAGCCGUCUUGCUCAACUCACCAUGCUUGACAUCAGCAACACGGCAAUCAGCGGCUCAGUACCUGCUUUUCUCGGAAACCUCUCUGAUUUCCUCACCUUCAUGAAGAGCAGCAGCAUGACAUGCAACAGCACCACCGACAGCAGCAGCAGUGUGUGCGCGCUGGUCAGCCCCUCAACAGUCUCCCGCAACUCAGCCUUGUGCCGGGAGUGCCCCGACCUCUGCUCCACGUGCCUCCCAGCCGCUCCCCCGCCCACCGACCCCUCACAACCCUCAGGCUCCUCCUCCUCUUCUUCUACCGGGCUCAUAGUUGGGGUGGCGGUGGCAGUGGCCGUGCUGCUGCUCCUGCUGCUGUGGGCGGUGCUGUGGUGGUGGAGAAGACGGGAGCAGGGGGAGAAGCAAGGCCCAUCACCCUUCACGGUCGCUGUUGGGGAGGGAGAGGAGCCCAUCGACUGCCAGCAGUACUCGAUAGAGGACAUGCGGCGGGCCACAGCCGACUGGUCCUCGCGGAACCGCAUCGGCACGGGGGGCUUUGGAGACGUGUUCAGAGGGGCAUCGCCGUACGACCCGACUGUCUUCUGGGCGGUGAAGCGAGCUCGUGUACUUACAAACGACUUCCUUAAAGAGAUCGAGCACAUGGCGAGCAAGAACCAUCCGUGCCUGGUGCGGCUGCUGGGGUUCUGCCACGACUACAACCCGCGCACCCAGCGCAUGGAGCAGAUCGUGAUCUACGAGUUCAUGGAUAAUGGCGACCUGUCCCAGUGGACCAAACCAGGCGGCAAGCACCUGACAGCGCUUCAGCUGCUGGAUACGCUGCUGUCGGUGGCACAGGGGCUGGCGUACCUGCAUGGGUUUGAAAUCGUGCAUCGAGACAUCAAGCCGGGGAACAUCCUGCUGGAUAAGAGCAUGCAGGCGAAGCUGUCAGACUUUGGGCUGCUGCGGAUGAGUGAGAGCAGCACGGUCAAGUCAACGCGAGUGAUGGGCACACCAGGCUAUGUGGAUCCCAUCUACGCUCAGACUCGCAAGGCCACCACUGCAGCUGAUGUGUACAGCUUUGGCGUUCUGAUUCUCGAGCUCCUCACGAGCAAGAGGGCCGUCUUUCCGGUCAACAACCGCCCCGUUCACCUCCGCGACUGGGUCUCCCAGCAGUUGCACCCCAAUGCGCACGGUGCGAAUCAGAACGACCCCUCCACCAAUAUUCCCAUCAAU